UCUUACAGGGAAACCACCACCUGAAAUUCUCUCCGGUGGAGAAACAGGAAAGAAAGAGUAAGAUUUCCACCGGAAAAAGGACGGAAAUUCAGGUCGAAGAAAGUUUCCGGCGAGGAGAAAAUAGAGAGAAAGAGAGCUGAGCUGAGGAGAAGGAGAAGAAGAAGGAGAGAUGUGGGUGUUUUAUCUGAUCUCGUUACCCCUAACGUUGGGAAUGGUUUUCUGUACAUUGAAAUACUUCGCUGGACCAGAUGUGCCUAAAUACGUUCUUGUCACCGUCGGAUACACCUGGUUUUGCUCUCUCUCCAUCAUCAUCCUCGUCCCUGCCGACAUUUGGACGACAUUAAUUGGUCUUCAUUAUGGUGUAAUAUCUUUCUUUUGGAGCUGGUCCUAUUGGAGUACAUUUUUACUUACCUGGGCUGUGGCACCUAUAAUGCAGGGUUAUGAAGAUUCGGGAGACUUCACAGUAUCAGAAAGACUGAAGACAAGUGUGCAUGAAAACUUAGUCUUCUACGUAUGUGUUGGUUCCAUUGGACUUUUUGGGUUGAUACUGGUGGUGGUCUUGCAACACGGGAGGGUUAAUGUUCUUGGUUUAGCCAUGGCUUGUUCUAACACAUUUGGGCUAGUCACUGGUGCAUUUCUUCUUGGCUUUGGUCUGAGCGAGAUUCCGAAGAGUAUAUGGAGAAAUGCUGAUUGGAUCAUUCGUCAAAAGGUUCUCUCUCAUAAAGUGGCUAAAAUGGCAGUGAAACUUGAUGAUGCUCAUCAACAGUUAUCAAAUGCAAUUGUUGUCGCCCAAGCAACAUCCAAGCAAAUGUCCAAGCGUGAUCCUUUGAGACCCUAUAUGAACGUUAUUGACAACAUGUUGGCAAAUAUGCUUACUGAAGAUCCAUCUUUUAAACCACAAGGUGGAAGACUGGGAGAAAAUGACAUGGACUAUGAUUCGGAUGAGAAAUCAAUGGCAGCACUCAGGCGUCAACUUAAGCGAGCUCGAGAAGAGUACUACCGGUACAAAAGUGAGUACAUGAAUUACGUUACAGAAGCCCUCGAAUUGGAGGACACAAUGAAGAACUAUGAACGGCGCGAUUCAACUGGAUGGAAAUAUAUAUCAAGCUUCAGAAAGGAACGGAUGGGGAGACUGGGAUCUCUUCUCGAUACAAUUGAGUUUGUUUGGCUGUGUAUAUUAAGGAAACAAGUUCAGAAAGCAUUGGCCCUGAUAUUUGGUUGCAUUUCGGCUGCGAUUCUUCUUGCUGAAGCUACUAUACUUCUUAGUGGAGUAAAUUUAUCGCUAUUCUCUAUGCUCGUAAAUGCUGUUGGAAAAGAAGAGGUGUUUGUGCAGGUCGCUGCUUUUGUUCCAUUAAUGUAUAUGUGCAUUUGUACGUACUAUUCCUUAUUCAAAGUUGGAAUGCUGACAUUUUACUCUCUCACUCCACGGCAAACAAGUUCAGUCAGCUUACUUAUGAUAUGCUCGAUGGUUGCACGUUAUGCACCGCCAAUUUGCUACAACUUUCUAUAUCUUAUCCAUCUUGAAGUUGAUCGAAAACGCAAAGAAACAGUUUUUGAGCAGAGAAUGGGGAGCAUGGAUAAUGUCCCCUUUUUUGGCGAGGGAUUCAAUAAAAUAUACCCCCUUAUCAUGGUUAUAUACACUUUACUCAUUGCAAGCAAUUUCUUUGACCGUGUAAUUGAGUACUUUGGAAACUGGAAGAUAUUUAGAUUGCAGCGUGAAGCUGAUAACACCGAUGGAUACGAUCCAUCUGGAAUGAUUAUUCUACAGAGAGAGCGUUCAUGGCUUGAGCAAGGACACAAGGUUGGUGAACUCGUUAUUCCUUUGGCAAGGAAUUUUAACAACACAAAUGAGGAUCCUGAAUCUGGGACCAGUGCUAAGGCUGCUAUUGAUAUGAAAGGGAAAGCUCGUUUGCUUGAGACUGAUAGACAAGAUUACUUAGAAUCCUUAAAAACAGUGACUCGAAAUGAGACCACUAGAGAAUCCAUGGGAAAAAAAUACGCCUCAAUAAGAACUCAGCAAGCAAAACAAGAGAUAAAUGCAGGUCUGAUCGAGAAUCCAAUAGCUGAACCACCUGCUACUGGAAUAGCCUCCUCGACUUGGGAAUCUAUGAAGACGGGAUUACAGAGUUUGAAGACAAACAUAGGAGGAGCGAAGAAAUUCCUUCCGUUGAAGCAGGUUCAAGAUCCAGCACAUUAUGGUGGGAAUUCUUCUUCGACUGAAUCGCUCGAUGAAAUAUUUCAGAGGCUAAGACGACCCACAGCUGAACACAGAAGCAUUCGCGAUGAUUUCUUCGAUGAUGACGAUGAUGCGCAGGAUGGACGUGUGAUGGAGGUCAAGAAAUCGGGGGCCACAAGAUGAUAAGUCUUUUUUUUGUAAACAUAUUGUGAUAUUGUAAGAUGGGGAACAAAUUAUUACACAACUGGAAGAAGAUAUACACAUUUGAAGAAGACAUUUAUAAAUAUACUAAGAUAGGAAAAGAUACAAGCUUAAUUAGUGGAAUUAACACUGAUACAUUCAUAAGUUGUAAUUUUGAAUUUGGAUCAA